UGAGCUUCCAAGUGGUCAACACCAGAAGAAGAGAACAAGGAAAAGACGGAAGAUAGCAUAAUAUCAGAGAUUCUGAAAAUAUCAUUUAGUUUGGUCAGUACACGAUUCUGAUUUAAAUCAAUUAAGCAUGAAUCAAGAGAAAUAUCCGCGGUCAUCCAUUGAGGAUGAUUUUAAUUAUGGCACGAACGUCGCAACGGCGAGCGUCCAGAUCCGGAUGGAUUUCCUCCGCAAGGUGUACACCAUCCUGUCGCUGCAGAUUACUGUCACCACUGCUGUAUCUGCUCUUUUCAUGCUCUGCAACCCCAUUAAAACCUUUGUGCAUGAAAGUCCCAUUCUGGUGCUGAUAUCUGCUAUCGGGUCUCUUAUCCUGCUCCUUGCGUUGGCUGUAUACCGACACCAGCACCCUAUCAAUCUUUAUUUGCUGUUUGGAUUUACACUGCUGGAGUCUAUGUCUGUUGCCACUGCGGUGACAUUUUAUGAGUACACCAUAGUGCUCCAGGCCUUUGUGCUCACUUCUGCUGUGUUCCUCUGCCUUACUGCCUACACCUUCCAGUCCAAACGUGACUUCAGCAAACUCGGAGCCAGUCUAUUUGCUGGCCUGUGGAUCCUGAUCAUUGCCAGCUUUAUGAGGCUUUUCUUCUACAAUGACACAAUGGAGCUGGUUUUCGCUGGGGCUGGAGCCCUGCUGUUCUGUGGGUUCAUUAUUUUCGAUACACAUGUGCUGAUGCACAAGCUGUCCCCGGAGGAACAUGUCCUGGCGUCCAUCAAUCUCUACCUGGACAUAGUCAACCUGUUCCUGUACAUUCUGCGUAUCCUUGACUCCAUGAAGAAACACUGAAUGUUUUGAAGUUCUUUAGUUUCAGGGUUGAUUUCUGGGUACUAUAAUGCUGGAGUGGACUUGAAAGUACAAAACAUUAUUCUUUAAUUUAACAGGCUCCAUGUACCAUAGGAGAGUAUAUUUUUGCCAAAAUACAUAUGCUUGUUUCAACUAAUUAAUUCAAAUGUUAUAAAUUAAGAGGAUCCACAAUAAGUCUUGUAGAUAACAGCAUUAAUAUUCUGGACAAAAAGUCUUAACAGAGUACAUGCACUGUAUGCCAAACAUUGAAGUGAUUUGUAAUGUAGUUUUUUGCAAUGUCCACAUACGGCAGUGUUCAGAAUUGGAGUAUGUGCAUCAUUCUUCUAUUAAGGCAUAAAUAUACUCAGAUUAUUUUUGUACCCGAGAUACUGCUCCCACAUUUCAUCACAGCAGGGAUUUAAAUGUCAACUCUAGUGUAUUAUAGUUUCUUCCUUGUUUUCAAACCAAUGGUGUGUGCUUUCAGCUCUCUUCAUUUUGUUGUAGUGUAAAUUUGAAUGUUAUAACUAGUUAUGAUUGUACAAAACACAUUGAUCUGUUAAAAGUGUUGUGUUGAUAGUAACUGUAGCUUGUUUUGUUUUGGUGUAGUGUUCAAUUCCAUUCUACUACUUAUCCUUAGUGAUUUAGUCUUCAGUUAAGUGCUUCAGGAAAUUAGUGAUAAUGGUUUGGGAACAAACUUUACCUCAGGCCUACUCAUUUUGUUUAAUUUGGGUGUGUAUAUUCAUAAUUCAUUUAAUUAAUUGCAGAUGUACUUCCUUACCAAAAAGGCCUGAGAUUACAAGAACAUUCCAUUAAGGCUGCAUUGAAGCUAUUACACAAUCAGCACAAACACAAGUUAGAAACUUUCAUUUUACUUUUGGACAAUAUAAAAUAUUUUUGUUUAUAGCAGUCAUGGGUGUCAGUUAAAAAAAUGUUUAACAUUCAGUAAAGUAACAUGAUUCAUACAUUUCAUACAGCAUAGUCUGUUUUUAAGAAAUAUAGUUUUCAACAUGUAAAACAAAUAUUUCCCAGCCAAACUGCCAGUCAUCUCAUUUAAAUAAACUAGGAAAAAGGAAAGAAAUAAUUGUAAACACAAUAUUCCAUUUUUUAUUUUUAUAUUAUUUUGAGGGUCAUAUCUUAUUUAUUAACAAAUGCAAAGUGCAAUAUUUAUCAUAAUGGAAAUAUAAUUGCAGUCCUUGAAUUUAAGGGCAAAAAAGUAAUUUAAUAAAACUCAGCUGUUGAAUGAA